CCUUUCUGCUUUGUAAAUAUUGAGAUUCUAUAUUACGUUUUGCAACUAUUAGAAAAUGGAGCUAGAACAUAAUUCUAUAGUCGAGGAAAUCGUUAUUAAAAACAAAGAUUAUUGUGAUGAAGUGGAUAUUCUAAAUCAAUCUAGCUCAAAAUUAGCAAAUGAGGAAUCAGUCACUAAAGAGGAAAGCGAACUGCCGAGAACAACAAAUAGGAAGAGAUUUGUAUGUGUUAUAUGCGAUAAAGCAUAUAGACGCCGUUUUGAAUACGAAAACCACGUACUGAUUCAUACUACAGGAAAGAAACCGUUUAAAUGUAACAUUUGUGGUAAAGGAUUCAACUGGAAGAGUUAUCGCGAUCUGCAUCAACGCAUUCACACAGAAGAAAAACAAUUCAAAUGCGAUAUUUGUGAUGCUGCAUUUGCACAUAGAAGUAAACUGAUUUUGCACACUCGUUCUCACCGUAAUGAACGACCAUUUGUGUGCGAUAUUUGCGGGAAAGACUAUAAAACUUCGGCUUAUUUAAGGCAACAUAAAAUCGUGCAUUCAAAUCGGUACAUAUGUAAAGACUGCGGAGAACAAUUUGGCUCAUCUCACAGCUUAACAGUGCAUAAGCGCACUCACCGCGAAAAACGUUUUCAGUGUGACCAAUGUGACCGCCAAUUUCAUUAUAGUAAAUAUCUGAAGGCACAUUUGGAGAGUCAUCGUAAAAAUUCGUGUAAUAUUUGCGGUAAAGAAUACAAACAUCACUACGAACUCAAGAAUCACCUUGCCGUACAUACAUCGGGAUUGAAACCAUACAAAUGCACCAUAUGUGGCAAAGGAUUUAGUUGGAAGGGUUAUCGUGAUGUACAUGAAAUUAGUCACAAGGAAAAACAGCACAAGUGUGAUCAGUGUGGAACUGCGUUUGUUAAUAAACAACAAUUAGUUUCCCACAUGCAAACUCACAAUAGUGAACGAUCGUUUCAGUGUGAUAUUUGCGGCAAAGAUUAUAAAAGGCUGGAAACUUUGUUGCGUCAUCGAUCUGUUCAUUCAGGCGACCGACUCAAAUGUGAAAUAUGCGGAGAACAAUUCGAUUCUAACGCUGGUUUGACGAUACACAAGCACACUCAUGACGAAAUAACACAUCAAUGUGAGCAAUGUGGCAAAAAAUUUCUCAGUGUUAGUCAACUAGACAUACAUAUGGCGAGCCACAUCGGGAAAAGGGAACGCAAAUGUGAUAUCUGUGGCAAAGGAUUCAAUACAAACAGCGGAUUACAGCAGCACCACCGUUCGCACACUCGUACACAUACAUGCACCAUAUGCAACAAAUUAUUCAGUAAUUUUGUUGAAUUGAACGAUCACAUUCUAACUCACAACACAGAAUGGCCAUUCAAAUGUGAACUGUGUGGAAAAAAAUUUUCCACAAAGGAUUAUUUAGUACGGCACAUCAAACGGCACGACCGAAUUAAAAGCACCAAGAAAUCGGUCCCAUGUGACGAGUGCGGUAAGGUGUAUUUAAGCUUACGUACUUUGGAAAGGCACAGGACUAAACAUAAAUCAAAUGCGAAUGUUAAUGGAUGAUGUGUGAUUGAUUGGACCGUAUCAAAAAUCGUGAUAAGAAAAUAGUUUUUAAUAAACUUGUGAAAUCAGAAUAAAUAAAAAAUAAAUCCAUGUCAUAAUGUGCAGAGUUCCCGUAAUACAAUGUUCACAAUUCUCGCAUUCACUGAGCUCUUAUUAGCGGCUAAGCCAUAGCUAGUUUGUAGCUUACAUUUUAAUGUGACAUCAUUAGCAGUUGAUGAAGUUGUGAACUGGUAAUGUUCGGGAGAGCUACAUCCAGGCUGUAUUUUUGAGUUCUCUAUGAAAUAUAGUUCGUUUUUACCAAU